CUGCUUUUUUUCAUUUAUUUUCUUUUUGAAAAUGGCUUCUUAGAAUGUGGUGGUUCCUCUCAUGUCAAGCUUGUGUGCCUUCAUUCUCCCAAUCGUCAUCCUUCCAUCAACAUAACAGGCCCAGAAUCAAAUAGAAAUGCAUCCAUUGGAUCAGACUUUAAUCUCCGUAAACGAUUCUGCGAUGUGAACGUCGGGCGUUUAUGUUUUGCUGCUCCUACAUCUAUCCAAGCACUCCUUGAGACGAAGGUGAUUGAACUAGACAAUAUAGUAGAGCAGCUGAACGACGGAGGGUUUGAAAAGUAUGCUGUUUCUCAGACAGAUUGUGUUGGUAAUAGUAAAGAUGAAGCAAACUUUGACCAAGGAAAAUCUUCGAAGAUUGAUGAAUUAAUUAGUAACGAGAAAUCCACUACAGUUUCAUUUGCCAAAGGUAUUCAUAGAGAGACAACUGGUAUCUCUCUGAAUUCUUUAUUGGCUUCAAACUCAUCUUCAGAGCUGGCUCAGCUGCCUAUCUCGUCUUCAAUGAGUAAUAAUAUCGAGGUACAAGAAACUUCUAUAGAACGCUUUUCAACAUCAAAUGACAAUGGUAAAACAGUCUAUUUCACAUUUAUUGUAUAA